AAGAGCUGAACAGGAACAGUCAUCUGCAGCUUGGCAGUACAGUAUAGACAUCACCGCGGUGACUGCUGCUUUCUGUAGGAAAAUACACUUCUCCGACUUUCACACGGCUCAAGGCGCAUGCUCAGACUACCUGACAGUGCAGUAGUUUGAUUCAGGAACUGAGAGAUUUUGAAAGGCCUUAACCAUGACAACUUCAUGGAGUGACAGACUGCAAAACUAUGCAGAUUUGCCUGCUAACAUGGACGGCCUGGCCAUGAAAAAAUACAGAAGAGAGGCAUACCACAGAGUGUUUGUCAACAGAAGCUUGGCGAUGGAGAAGAUUAAGUGCUUUGGCUUUGAUAUGGAUUACACUCUAGCAGUGUACAAGUCACCAGAAUAUGAGUCCCUGGGUUUUGAACUCACAGUGGAGCGGCUGGUUUCCAUUGGUUACCCCCAGGAGCUGCUCAGCUUUGUCUACGACCCAUCCUUUCCCACCAGAGGCCUUGUGUUUGAUACCAUGUAUGGAAACCUGUUGAAGGUUGAUGCAUACGGUAACAUUUUGGUGUGUGUCCAUGGGUUCAAUUUCCUUCGAGGCCCUGAGAUACGUGAACGGUACCCAAACAAGUUUAUCCAGAGAGAUGACACAGAGCGCUUUUAUAUCCUUAACACACUCUUCAACCUGCCAGAGACCUACCUCUUUGCCUGCCUUGUGGAUUUCUUCUCAAACUGUGACAGAUACACAAGCUGUGAAACGGGCUUCAAAAAUGGUGACCUCUUCAUGUCCUACAAGAGCAUGUUCCAGGAUGUCCGCGAUGCUGUUGACUGGGUCCACUUCAAGGGUACUUUGAAGGAGAAGACGGUUGAGAACUUGGAGAAGUAUGUAGUGAAAGAUGGGAAGCUGCCUCUUCUCCUCAGCCGAAUGAAUGAAGUAGCCAAGGUUUUCUUGGCAACCAACAGCGACUACAAAUACACUGACAAAAUCAUGACUUACCUGUUUGACUUUCCCCAUGGCCCAAAGCCUGGGACCUCUCACCGACCCUGGCAAUCCUACUUUGAUUUGAUCCUGGUUGAUGCCAGGAAGCCGCUGUUCUUUGGGGAGGGGACAGUUCUCAGACAAGUGGACACGACAACAGGGCGUUUGAAGAUAGGAACCUACACAGGACCUCUGCAGCAUGGCAUUGUCUACUCUGGAGGUUCUUCAGAUAUUGUGUGUGACCUGCUGGGGGCCAAAGGGAAGGACAUAGUCUACAUUGGGGACCACAUCUUUGGAGACAUCCUCAAGUCUAAGAAACGUCAGGGCUGGAGGACGUUCCUGGUCAUACCUGAGCUGGCCCAGGAGCUGCACGUGUGGACCGACAAGAGCUCUUUAUUCGAGGAGCUGCAGGGCCUGGACAUUUUCCUUGCAGAACUCUACAAGCAUCUGGACAGCAGCAGCAACGAGAGGCCGGACAUCAGCACUAUCCAGAGAAGAGUCAAGAAAGUGACCCAUGAUAUGGACAUGUGCUAUGGCAUGAUGGGUAGUCUUUUCCGCAGUGGCUCCAGACAGACCCUGUUCGCCUCUCAAGUGAUGCGUUAUGCUGACCUGUAUGCAGCGUCGUUCAUUAACCUGCUGUACUACCCUUUCAGCUACCUCUUCAGAGCCUCACAUGUACUUAUGCCCCAUGAGUCAACAGUGGAACACACCCAUGUUGACAUCGACAUGGAGUCCCCAUUGGCAACGCGGAACCGCACCCACUGCAGCGACUGCAAAGACCAUGACUGCAAACGCAAUCAACUGACCCGCUCCUUCAGUGAGAUCAAGCCUCCUAAUCUGUUCCCCCAGACUCCACAGGAGAUCACUCACUGCCAUGAUGAAGAUGAUGAUGAAGAGGAAGAGGAGGAAGAAGAAGAAGAGGAGGAGGAAGAAGAAGAGGAGGAGGAGGAGGAGGAAGAGUAAUGAGCUGGACUUGUAGAAGAAAGCCAUGUUCCUGUUUCUGCCUUCCCAGUAGAGUCGGGUAGUUUUUUUAUCUCUCCUACAGUGAGGCAAGGAGGAAAGUGUUUCCAGUGUGUGUCUCUGUGUGUUAGUGUAUAUUCGACAAAACUGUAUGUUCACACACACACAUGGACACACACUGAAUUUUUACAAGGAAAGUAAAAAGGACCAGUGAAACAGAUCAUAUGACUGUCAGAAGAAUGUUUGCAUGCGUGUUCCUCUUAAACCCAAAUUCUCCCAGCUUCAUUAUAAAAAACUAAAUGACUUUAAUUGAUUUAAUUUGAUUCAUUUUAAACUUCUCACCAGACAGACAGAAUUGUCCCCUAUGCAGUGUUUCAUAAGCUGACUUUGAAACCUGUUGGUGGAUUCAUUACAUGUAGACAUGAAGACAAUUGAACUCAUCGGAUUUAGUUGCCAUUUAAAUCCUCAUUGACAGGCUGUGCUGACACAGUAUGCAGACAAUUGUCAAAAGCAAAAACACUCUACAGUUAUGGAAAAAAGAUAUGCACAUGCUGUAUUAAAAUAGACUUAUUUUUAUGCAACAUGGGAACAAAAUGUAGUUUGUCAUUUGUUAAGUUGAAUUUAUGUAUCUUAGAGGACUACUCUGUAUUAACUGUAUGUAAGGAUGUCUGUUUCUGUGUGUGUACUCACUCAGACUGCAGCAUCCCUAGUGAAGUAAGCUAUGGAGUCAAUGUACUACAGUGAAGCACACGAGGCACUGAAGCACAAGCUGGUGUUAAACUGAUCAGUCACCACAUUCAUAGUUUGAGAGAACAUGUAGCUGUACAUGGUUGGCUCUUAAACCGAUAUGGUGUUACCAAGCAACAAUAAAAACAGAGUACUGUAACUCUAUUUUAUCCCAAUAGACUCUAUGGCAACCCUGAGCUACAGCAGUGAUACUGUAAAUAGCAGUCAGGUGGAUGGUUUAACCAGCAGCUAGCAGGCAGUAUUUUCUCCAGUUGUUUAAGUAAGAAGAAGAAACUUGAAUAAUGUUUUCAACCAAUUUACAGAAGGCUUUUAUUUUGUACAUGAUAAUUUUUAGCAAUUUAGCUUGAAAGGUGCCUCAGUAUGCAAGGAAAGGGGCUUUUGAGGAUACAGAAAACUAAUUCCAGUAGUUCUGGCAAACCUAAAACUGUGAUUAACUCACUUUGUUUAUCUCCUUGAUUCGGGCCUUUCUUUGUGUGUUUUGUAAUGCUGACCUUGAACUUUUGGCAUCGUAUUCAUAAGGAACUGUGCACAGAGGGAGUGAAAUUUUCACAGGAUUCCUCUGUUGGGCUUUAAACACUGUGAAGUGAUUGUUCACAAUAUUCUAGUUGUUCAAAACUGGAUUAAAAAACCCUCAGAGUUUAAGCACUUCACUUUGCAUAUGAUUAGUACUUGACAGGACAAGAAAAAUCAAGGCUUCAAGCCCCUAAAAUUAUUUCUUUAUUGCAUUUAACCUGUAUCAAUACAAAAAUCACAAAAUAGAAAUUCAUUUACCUUUAGAAAAAUAUAUAGAAAAAAAGUAUCCAAACCUCAGAAAAAUGUAUUUUCUCUUGAAAUGAGUGUAAAAUGUACCCUUAGAUUGGACUGGAAGACACCAAGCAUCACAACCAAAACUUUUGUCUUUUAAACAAGGAGAGAAAGAUAAAGCUUCUCCCAGAGAUAUCUCUGCCCAUUUCAAUCUAAAGAGAUUAGCUCAUUGCACAUUUUUAGAAUCUCCUUUAGAGGAAAAUUUAGAAGAAGUACAUUUUUUAGACAUUAGCAUAAAUAAGGAGGUGCUGAAAUCAGAGCCUUUAUCGUACAAUUUAUGUGCCCUGACAGGUGUCCACAUGUAUUAGGGCUAUUACAAAAGACACAAAUAGACCAACCACAAUUAAUUUUUUGUAUUUAAACUUGUACUUCCUAUUUUAAACAUCCAGUGUAUCCUUUAUGUAAACUUUCCCUACCUUUUACAUAUCAUUUAAAGUCCUAAGAUGUUAUGUUGCCCUGUAAAUGUUGGAUUGGCCUGUUGAUUUAGGCUACAAAAGGGAAGUAGCAUACCGUCUAAUACUUUUGCAUUAUCUUCUUGUUUGGUUUGAAGUGGUUUGGAAAGGUAAAUGUGUUUAACUGCAACUUCCUUUGGGGAUUCAUUGGAUGUAGGACCCAUGUAGGACUUCAAAAAUUAUAUAUAACAGCAUUUGUUUUUGUUUGUUCUUUCUUUUCUGAGAAGUCAAAUAUUUGCAUUCUCGAUUUAAUUUUGUUUCUAAAAUGUAGAAUAACUGGAUAUGCGACAAAAGGCAGCUGCAUCUAUGAUAGGAAGGUCUACUGUCUUUUCUUUGAAUCAUUUGCAUAUGCAUGUGAAUAAAAACAAACAUAUCCUUUCUACAAAGUUGGUCAGGGUAGCAUUAGUUUAAAUUCUAAGUGGGCUGCAUUUUUCUUAGUUUUCUAAGUUUUUUUUUUCUUACAUUUUCAUUGUAGUUUACAGGUGUAAAGACUUUAAACCUGUGUGAAGUUACAAUGAAGGGAGGUGUGAAAGGCAUGUUUUGUAACAAUUGCCGCCUGUUAUCAUCACCAUGGGCUUAUUUUUAUUUUUCUAAGCUAGUGUUUUUAAAUGGUCCUGGUUUACAGAACUGUAAAUAUACAUUUCCAUUUCCUUUUCUUAUAUUUUCUUUCCAAAUAAGUGUUUUGUUAACUUUUAUACUGUACCACAGAAGGCAUGUUCACAUGCUGAACUAUCUACAGCCUGGUGAACCAAUCUGUAGAGGAUUUGUGUCUAUGGCUGUGAUGCCCUCAGUGCAUCCACAUUAGGUGCCAAAAAUGUCACCUUUCAUUUUCUAAACCAUAUAUAUCCUUUGUUUUUAUGCAUUUCAAUACAUGUUCUCCUGAAUCAUGUUGUUUUUCCCAGAAAUUAUCCAACAUACUGUACAUUGAGUUGAAUU